GCUCCAUAGUAGUCUAUAGUCCCUCUCCCUGAUCGUCCUGUCUCUCUACAUCCUUUUCCUCUGCCCUUUUCCCCAUACUAUCUACCCGAUAUCUUGUGCAUCCCCUUCAUUUUUAUUAAAUCCCUUCUCCCCGUUUUUCGGUAUUCCUUCCUUUGUUCCCAUUUUCGACAGAGGAGCAAACAUUUAUCAACACUCGUUUCAGUUGUGAAUACAGAGGAAAGCUGUGCUCCCUCGCCUUACACUUGCAAGACUGUGCUGUACACUCGACGCUUGACUCCAUCAAGACACAAACAAUACUUGGACUCUCUUUCAUCUUUACUACUUUUACUUGUUCAAGCGCACUCUUUGUCUUUUCAUCGAUCAUCAUCGCCUGCAUUACACCCUCAUUAAUUCACUUGUCGCGCAUCUCAACAUCGAGACAACCAUCACCUACGACACCUUCAUUUCCCGUUUCCACAAACACUUCAUCACGAAACGCCGAUCAAAUUCCUUCCAUUUUCAGAAGCAUUAAAAAUCGAUCCAUCUCUCACAAACAACUAAUCUAUUUGAUCAUCCCCAAACAUCCCAUCUGUUCGAGGCUUAUACUCAAUCUUGCCGCUGAAACGAUCUUCCCAAGGCUAGUUUCACUAGAACACAACGCAUAAACCUUUCUUGCCCACAACCAGCUUCAAUUCGUCGUUCGAGACCAAAUCCUUCAGUGUGUUGGGUCCCGUCAGCCUGGUUGUCAGCACCCUAGCGCGUUUCAACUGAGUUGCCAGUUUAUUGAUCGAAUGAUAUCAAUGCUUGGUGCUUGAGCCAAGUCACAAUCAUUCAAUCAUAUAAUUGAACGUGUACUCUCGAUACCUUUAUCGUCGAAGCAUUUCUUUUCCGAAAAACUACAGCUCUUGCUGUUAGACAUAAAACAACACACUUUCACAAUGACUGGACAAUCUACAAGACGAUGGCUCCAGCUGUCUUUCCUUCUCAUGGCUGGUUCCGCCUCAGCAGGAUCCCUCAAGCUGUCUGACUUUGAGUCUAUCAGUGACAAGUCAUUCCCAGAGACCUGUGUUCAAGCCUACGAUACACCACUCUCUCAAUGCACCCCCAAGGACUUCACUGAUGGCAAGGCAUGCAGUGCUGCUUGCAAGGAUUCAGUUCAACAAGCCCAGGGCUUCAUCCAAGCAUCAUGUGGUGAUGUCUCAGCCAGCUCAGAAUCACUUCUAAGCCGCGGUCAAAAGGGCAAUCUUGUCGCUGUUCUCUGUCGAGAUGCUGAUGAGCCUCAAUCGGAACCCGAGUCUGCACCUCAGACUCAGCCUCAGACUCAACCCAAACAGGAGCCUGAGCCUGAGAAGACUCAGCCCCCAGCCACAACAACGACCUCUGCUUCCUCUACCAAGGUCUUGAAGAAUGUCUUGAUUGAGACUGGCCACACCUCUUUAGAUGAGAAGUCAAACGGUAGUCUAGAUGGACCCCCUCUGUCUUCCGUGGACGAGGACCUUGCCACCAAGAGCACUGUUCUUGCAAUCGACACAGAUCAGCCCACUGGCUCUCUUCCCAUGCCUGCUCCCCCUAGCAUGAUGACCUCUGUGACAAGGCCAAGCGUUGCUAGCCACACCGCAGCGUCAGCCAGCGAGGAGCCAACUCCUACGCCCACAACAGCUGGUGGCUCUGUCCAUGCUCCCAGCUUUGGGUUCAUGUGUGCUUCUUUUGCCAUGUCUGCUAUCAUGUACAUGGUCGUCAACUAGAGAGAGUUAGCUGGCAAUUCAUUUUCAAUGUUGAGGGGUGUAGGACCACUGUACUUGUUUGACCGAGGGAGUUGGUAAAUUUCUGUAACAACUUGAGAUACAACUCAACGGAAGUGAGAGAAGCUCACGUCGUUAUGCAUUUAGAUAGCCGGAAAAUAACAGAAUACCCUUCAAGAUCGAAUUCGUAAAGACUGGCCUGGGAUACAUGUGAUUUGAGAAAAGUGGUAUAUGAU